GGCUAACAGACUGUGGGGAGAGAAAUUGAUUAAAUAGUCAAAUUAAACAGUUGAAAAUCUAAAAUGUAGCUUGGAGAGUAUGAAUUAGUGGAGGGAGGCACGGCUUCUCCACAAAGGAGGAGAGACGAAACUAAAAACCCGGGAGAAACGGGAACUAACAAGGGGAAUGGCAGAGGAAAGAACGGUUUAGGAAAAGACAGAAAGAAAAUAUCCUAUGGGAGAAGAAUGUGCAAACCAAGUAAGAGAAGUAAAAGACACGGGGGUUUCUGAAGGUGGACGGCAGAUCAUGCAGAUUAAUGUAGUCUGUGCUUAGGGGGUUCCAUUCUAACACUGGAGGGGUUUGAUUGGUUUAUGAUCUAACAGUGCUUAUGUCUACUUUGUUUCCCAUGGGCAAUGGAUUAAAGAAGACUUCCUAGUGCCUUACAAAGGGAGUCUUAGGGCCUCUCCUAUAGUCUGGGAUCUUUGGAAGCCAAGAAGACAAAUCAAGGAACAAGGUUGUAGCUGAGCAGAUGGGAAGGCACUGAAACAUUCGAAAGCUGUUCAGUAGGUAAAAUGGGUAUGGCUUAGGUAUGGGAGGAAUGUGAGCGAGCGAAGGCUCAAGAUUGACAUUGCCUGCAUUUUGAAUUGGACUAACUGGAUGGACAGAUACUCUCUCCAUAGACGGCAGACAGACUCUAAGAAAGAACCAGGUUCUAAGGUAGAAGUGAAAUUAUGAAUUUUUGUUUUGAUACCUCCCCGGAGAUGGACAGGAUGCUUUAGUAAAAAUGGACUGGACACCACGGCAGUGGAGCGUCAUCAUAGGGAAGCUGCAUUAGAUGAGAGAUGCACGCAUGCGCGGCACCACAGUGGACCAGUGCAGUCCACCAUUGUCGUGACUGUUAACUGAAGGUCUUGCCAAGGAUGAAAUCGCCCAGGAAGAAUGCAGUUAAGAUGGCCUGGAAAAGAUCCUCUAGGAACUCCAAGAUCUUUAUUGACCAAGUAAGGAGAAAGAGUCAGCCCUUGAGAGACACGAUUCUAAAAGAGCAGGGCGAUGCAUCAGCAAGGACAGAGACUGGUUCAGGAAGACAGAGUCGUGCCCAAUGUGGCUGGAAGUUCAUGGAGAUGGAGAGGGAACGGCGUUUGCGUGGAGUACUAUCAUGAGGAUCUCUUGUGACUUGACUCCAAGCUAUAUUUUAGUGAAGUUUGGAGGCCAGAGGCCAGAUUUGACACCAGUUGGGUCUUUCAUGCAGAUGAAGAGGAGGUUAUCAUAAAUACACAGUUGGAUGUUUGUGCGAAAAGGAGAAGAGAGAUGGGAUGGCGAAAUCGGUCCAGUGACAAUUACCACAGAUCCGAAAAAAUUUCAGUAUGAACUGAGAGAACUGUAUGUUCAGGGAGGUGGCGAUUGUCCAGAAAUGAGUGUCGGGGCUAUAAAGAUUGCCCUGGAAAUUUCUCUUCCUGGUUCCUUCAUCUAUGUUUUCACUGAUGCACGAUCCAAGGAUUAUCGUCUCACCCAUGAGGUGCUGCAGCUUAUCCAGCAGAAACAAUCCCAAGUGGUAUUUGUGCUCACUGGAGACUGUGAUGACAGGAACCAUAUUGGAUACAAAGUCUAUGAAGAAAUUGCUUCUACAAGUUCUGGUCAAGUGUUCCAUCUGGACAAAAAGCAAGUAAAUGAGGUGUUGAAGUGGGUGGAAGAAGCGGUGCAGGCCUCCAAGGUUCACCUCUUAUCCACCGACCAUUUGGAACACGCUGUAAAUACUUGGAAAAUUCCUUUUGAUCCCAGCCUCAAAGAAGUUACUGUGUCCCUGAGUGGCCCUUCUCCCGUGAUUGAAAUUCGCAAUCCUUUCGGGAAGCUGAUAAAAAAGGGGUUUGGCUUGAAUGAGCUGUUAAAUAUCCAUAACUCUGCCAAGGUGGUGAACGUCAAAGAGCCCGAAGCUGGAAUGUGGACAGUGAAGACCUCCAGCAGUGGAAGGCAUUCUGUUCGCCUCACCGGUCUCAGCACUAUCGAUUUCCGAGCUGGCUUUUCUCGAAAGCCCACGCUGGACUUCAAAAAAACAAUGAGCAGACCCGUGCAAGGGAUACCUACGUAUGUGCUACUGAACACCUCUGGAAUCUCUAGUCCAGCUAGAGUAGAUCGCCUCGAACUUCUGAGUAUCUCAGGGGGAUCUCUUAAGACCAUUCCCGUCAAACAUUACCCAGAUCGGAAACCUUACGGCAUCUGGAAUAUCUCUGACUUCAUUCCACCAGAUGAAGCUUUCUUUCUCAAGGUGACAGGCUAUGACAAAGAGGAUUAUCUCUUCCAGAGAGUGUCAAGCGUUUCCUUUUCCAGCAUUGUCCCAGAUGCUCCCAAAGUUACAAUGCCCACGAGGACCUCAGGAUACUACCUACAGCCAGGCCGAAUCCUCUGCUCGGUUGAGAGUCUUUUGCCCUUUACUUUGAGCUUCGUGAGAAAUGGAAUUGCCCUGGGAGUAGAGCAAUAUUUAAAAGAAUCUGCCAGUGUGCCUUGGGAUUUCCCAAAGGUGACGUUGUCUGACGAGGGCUUCUACGAGUGUAUUGCUAUGAACAGCGCAGGAACUGGACGGGCGCAGACAUUUUUUGAUGUAUCAGAGCCCCCUCCGAUCAUCCAAGUGCCUAAUAAUGUAACAGUCACUCCUGGAGAAAGAGCAGUUUUGGCGUGUCUCGUCAUCAGUGCCGUGGAUUAUAACCUAACCUGGCAGAGGAGUGGCAGGGAUGUCCGGCUAGCAGACUCAGCAAGAAUUAGGACCCUGGCCAACCUCUCCCUGGAGCUGCGGAGUGUGAAAAUUGGUGAUGCUGGGGAGUACCGUUGUGUGGUUUCCAGUGAAGGGGGAUCGGCAGCAGCUUCGGUUUUCCUGACAGUACAAGAAAAACCCAAAGUCACCGUGAUGCCCAGGAAUCAGUCUUUCACAGGAGGGUCUGAGGUCUCCAUCAUGUGCUCUGCAACAGGCUAUCCCAAACCAAAGAUUGUCUGGACCAUUAAUGAGAUGUUUAUCCUGGGUUCACACAGAUACAGGAUGACCGCAGAAGGCACUUUAUUCAUCAAGAACGCAGUUCCCAAAGAUGCAGGGACCUACAGUUGCCUGGCAAGCAAUGAGGCCGGGACAGACGAGCAAACUUCCACUCUCAGAUACAUAGAAGCCCCAAAGUUGGUGGUAGUUCAGAGCGAGCUCUUGGUGGCCCUUGGGGAUACAACAGUUAUGGAAUGUAAAACCUCUGGGAUUCCCCCACCUCAAGUAAAGUGGUUCAAAGGAGAUCUCGAGCUGAGGCCCUCGACGUUCCUCAGUAUUGACCCUCUCAUGGGUCUUUUGAAGAUUCAAGAAACACAAGAUCUGGAUGCUGGCGAUUAUACCUGUGUAGCCGCCAAUGACGCUGGAAGAGCCACAGGCAGUCUAACUCUGGAUGUAGGCUCACCUCCGGUUUUCAUACAAGAACCUUCUGAUGUGUCCAUGGAAAUUGGCUCCAAUGUGACAUUACCUUGUUAUGUUCAGGGUUAUCCAGAACCAAAGAUCAAAUGGCGGAGAUUGGACAACAUGCCAGUUUUCUCAAAACCCUUUUCAGUUAGUUCCAUCAGCCAGCUGAGAACAGGAGCUCUCUUUAUUUCAAAUUUAUGGGCAAGUGAUAAAGGAACGUACAUCUGUGAAGCAGAAAACCAGUUUGGAAAAAUACAGUCGCAGACAACAGUAACAGUGACAGGACUUGUUGCCCCACUUAUUGGAAUCAGCCCUUCCAAAGCCAGUGUGAUUGAAGGACAGCCACUAACCUUGCCUUGUACUCUGUUGGCUGGAAAUCCCAUUCCAGAACGGCGGUGGAUGAAGAACUCAGCCAUGUUGGUACAAAAUCCCUACAUAACUGUGCGCAGCGAUGGGAGCCUCCAUAUUGAAAGAGUUCGACUUCAGGAUGGAGGCGAAUAUACUUGUGUGGCCAGUAAUGUUGCUGGAACCAAUAACAAAACAACCUCUGUAGCCGUGCAUGUUCUGCCUACCAUUCAGCACGGACAGCAGAUACUCAGCACCAUUGAAGGCGUUCCAGUAACUUUGCCAUGCAGAGCGAGUGGGAUCCCCAAGCCGUCUAUCACUUGGUCGAAGAAAGGAGAGCUGAUUUCAACGGGCAAUGCCAAGUUUUCUGCAGGGGCUGAUGGGAGUCUGUAUGUGGUGUCACCAGGAAGCGAGGAGAGUGGAGAGUACAUCUGCACAGCCACCAAUGCAGCCGGCUAUGCCAAGAGGAAAGUGCAGCUGACUGUCUAUGUAAGACCCAGAGUGUUCGGGGACCAAAGAGGACUGUCCCAAGAUAAGCCUGUGGAGAUCUCUGUCCUGGCUGGGGAGGAGGCAACCCUUCCCUGUGAAGCGAAGAGCUUACCUCCACCAAUCAUUACCUGGGCCAAAGAUAGCCAGCUCAUCUCUCCGUUUUCUCCAAGACACACGUUCCUGCCUUCUGGCUCAAUGAAGAUCACAGAAACACGCAUUUCAGACAGUGGGAUGUAUCUGUGUGUGGCCACAAAUAUUGCUGGGAAUGUGACUCAAUCCGUUAAAUUAAGCGUCCAUGUUCCUCCAAAAAUACAGCAUGGAAAUAGACACCUAAAAGUCCAAGUCGGCCAGAGAGUGGACAUCCCGUGCAAUGCCCAUGGGUCUCCUCCUCCCGUCAUCACCUGGUUUAAAAGUGGAAGGCCCAUGCCGUUCAAUGGAGUGCAGCAUCCUGGUAGCCCAGAUGGAAUGCUGACCAUUGAGCAGACCACACUCUCAGAUGCUGGCACAUACACAUGCACUGCCACAAACAUAGCCGGAAGUGAUGAAGCAGAGGUCACCUUGCAUGUCCAAGAACCACCCACAGUGGAAGACCUGCAACCUCCCUUUAACACUCCGUUCCAAGAACGGUUGGCCAAUCAGCGCAUGGCAUUUCCAUGCCCUGCAAAAGGUACUCCUAAACCAACCAUCAAGUGGUUACACAAUGGUAAAGAGGUGACAGGGCAGGAGCCUGGUGUCUCUAUCUUGGAAGAUGGAGCGCUAUUGGUAAUCGCUUCUGUUACACCACUCAACAAUGGCGAGUACAUCUGUGUGGCCGUCAACGAAGCCGGGACCACAGAAAGGAAAUACAACCUCAGAGUUCACGUUCCACCAGUAAUUAAAGAUAAAGAACAUGUGAGCAAUGUGUCCGUGUUGGUAAACCAACUGGCCAGCCUCUACUGUGAAGUAGAAGGAACUCCGUCCCCGGUCAUAAUGUGGUAUAAGGAUGACAUCCAGGUGACAGAAAGCAGCACUGUUCAGAUCGUGAAUAAUGGAAAGAUUCUAAAACUCUUCAAGGCGUCUGCAGAGGAUACCGGAAGAUACUCCUGCAAAGCGAUUAAUAUUGCAGGAACCUCUCAGAAGGACUUUAGUGUGAAUGUACUAGUUCCACCCAGCAUACAAGGUGCCGGCUCCCCAAAUGAAGUCUCAGUUGUUCUUAACCACAACAUCACCCUACAGUGCCCGGUCAGAGGCACUCCCUUUCCGGCUAUUCACUGGUUCAAGGAUGGCAAGCCUUUAUUUUUGGGGGAUCCUAACAUUGAACUCUCAGACAGAGGACAGAAUUUACAUCUGAGAAAUGCACGGAGAAGUGACAAGGGGCGCUACCAAUGUUCUGUGUCCAAUGCAGCUGGCAAGCAAGCCAAGGAUAUAAAGCUCACUCUCUACGUUCCACCUAGUAUUAAAGGAGGCAAUGUCACCACAGAAAUAUCGGCAUUGCUCAACAGCGUAGUUAAACUGGAAUGUGAGACGCGGGGGCUUCCUGUGCCUGCCAUUACUUGGUAUAAGGAUGGCCAGGUGGUCACAUCCAGCUCACAAGCACUUUAUAUUGACAAAGGACAAUUUCUCCACAUCCCGAGAGCACAAGUCUCUGACUCAGCAACGUAUACAUGUCACGCAUCCAAUGUUGCUGGAACAGCCGAAAAAUCAUUCCAUGUUGACAUCUAUGUCCCUCCAAUAAUUGAAGGUGACUUGACCACUCCUUCAAGUAAGCAGGUCGUUGUUGGUCAGUCAUUGGUCCUGGAGUGUAAAGCUGUUGGCAACCCUCCCCCCGUCCUUACUUGGUUAAAAGAUGGCGUGCCUGUGAAAGCCAGCGACAACAUCCACAUAGAAGCUGGUGGGAAGAAACUCGAAAUCUUGAGUGCCCUAGAAGUUGAUAGGGGACAAUACAUAUGUGUGGCUACCAGUGUGGCAGGAGAGCGGGAAAUCAAGUAUGAAGUUGAUGUCUUGGUGCCACCGGCUGUGGAAGGAGGAGAUGAGACAUCUUACUUCAUUGUGCUGGCAAAUAACUUACUGGAGCUAGACUGUCAGGUCUCCGGCUCUCCCCCACCAACUAUCAUGUGGCUAAAAGGCGGUCAGUUAAUUGAUGAACGAGAUGGAUUCAAGAUCUUACUAAGUGGACGCAAACUGGUUAUUGCUCAGGCUCAAGUGUCAGACACAGGCCUGUACCAGUGUGUGGCAACAAACGUUGCAGGGGAUCGCAGGAAGGAGUUCGAAGUGACAGUGCACGUUCCUCCAACCAUCAAGUCCUCAGACCUUCCUGAGAAGACUGUGGUGAGAUACAAGCCAGUCAGCUUGCAGUGCAUAGCCAACGGCAUCCCAAACCCAUCCAUCACAUGGUUGAAGGAUGACCAGCCUGUGAACACUGCCCCAGGAAACCUCAGAAUACAGUCUUCUGGUAGAGUUCUACAGAUUGCCAAGGCUCUUUUGGAAGACGCUGGUAGAUACACAUGCGUGGCUACCAAUGCAGCUGGAGAAGCACAUCAGCACACCCAAUUGCAUGUGCAUGAACCCCCCAGCCUGGAUGAUGGCGGGAAGAUGCUGAACGAGAGCGUGGUGGUGAACAACCCCAUUCAGCUGGAGUGUAAAGCCACAGGCAGUCCUGUUCCUGUUCUCACAUGGUACAAAGACAGCCAUCCACUCGCAGGCUCCACAAGUGCAACCUUCCUGAAGAGAGGGCAGAUCCUUGAGAUUGGAAGUGCUCAGAUCUCAGAUGCUGGCAUCUACAAAUGUGUAGCCAUCAACUCUGCUGGAGCUACAGAAUUGUUUUACAGCCUACAAGUUCAUGUGCCUCCUUCGAUCUCAGGGAGCAGUUCCAUGGUGGAGGUGGUGGUGAACAAUCUAGCAAGGUUAGAAUGUGAAGCCAGGGGCAUCCCUGCCCCCAGUCUGACCUGGUUGAAAGAUGGGAGUCCAGUCUCUAGCUUCUCUAAUGGAAUACAGGUUCUCUCAGGGGGUCGCAUCUUGGCACUGACCAGUGCCCAAAUGAGUGACACAGGAAGGUACACUUGCGUGGCCGUGAAUGCUGCUGGGGAGAAACAAAGGGACUUUGACCUCAGAGUAUAUGCUCCACCCAAUAUUAUGGGAGAAGAACAGAAUGUCUCUGUCCUCAUUAGCCAAACUGUGGAGUUAUUUUGUCAAAGUGAUGCUGUUCCCCCACCUACUCUGAUGUGGUUCAAGGAUGGCCGCCCUCUGCUGAAGAGACCGGGUCUCAGUAUCUCUGAAAAUGGAAGUGUGCUUAUGAUUGAAGAUGCUCAGGCCGGAGACACUGGUCGAUACACCUGUGAAGCGACAAAUGUUGCUGGGAAAACAGAGAAAAACUACAACGUUAACAUCUGGGUACCUCCUAGUAUUUAUGGCUCUGAUGAGCUCGUGCAACUCACAGCCAUUGAAGGGAAUCUUAUCACUCUCCUAUGUGAAUCAAGUGGAAUUCCACCCCCAAAUCUUACUUGGAAAAAGAAAGGUUCUCUGGUGUUGGCUGACGCUGCAGGACGUGUUCACAUUUUAUCUGGUGGCCGACGGUUACAAAUUUCAAUUGCUGAGAAAGCAGAUGCAGGACUCUACACGUGUGUGGCAUCCAACGUGGCUGGCAUUGCAAAGAAAGAGUACAACCUUCAAGUGUAUAUCCGACCAUCAAUAGCCAACAGUGGCAGUCACCGCCCUGAGAUUACUGUCAUCCGUGGGAGAAGUAUUUCCUUGGAAUGUGAGGUGCAGGGUAUUCCUCAGCCAACAGUGACCUGGAUGAAAGAUGGCCGCCCCUUGUCCAAGGGAAAAGGAGUGGAAAUCCUGGAUGAAGGCCGCGUUCUUCAGCUGAAGAAUGUUCACGUUUCUGACACAGGCCGUUAUGUGUGCGUUGCUGUGAAUGUAGCAGGAAUGACUGACAAAAGAUAUGACUUAAGUGUCCACGUCCCUCCGAGCAUCAUCGGGAACCACGGAGUCCCUGAGAACAUCAGUGUGGUGGAAAAGAGUUCUGUAUCCCUGACCUGUGAAGCCUCCGGCAUCCCCCUGCCUUCCAUAACCUGGCUGAAGGAUGGUUGGCCUGUCAGCCUUGGCAGCUCUGUGAAGAUUCUCUCAGGAGGCAGGAUGCUGCGGUUGAUGCAGACCAGACCAGAAGAUGCUGGCCAGUAUACAUGUAUUGUAAGGAAUGCAGCUGGUGAAGACAGGAAAAUGUUUGGACUUUCAGUAUUAGUUCCUCCUCACAUUGUGGGUGACAACACAUUGGAAGAUAUAAAGAUUAAAGAGAAACAGAGUGUUACACUGACUUGUGAAGUGAGAGGGAAUCCUGUGCCACAGAUCACAUGGCACAAAGACGGACAGCUUCUCCAGGAAGACGAAGUACACCACAUGAUGUCUGGAGGCCGUUUUCUUCAGAUCACCAAUGCUCAAGUGUCCCACACAGGACGAUACACGUGUCUGGCCUCUAAUAUAGCUGGUGACAAAAGCAAAAGUUUCAGUCUCAAUGUGUUUGUAUCUCCUACAAUUGCUGGUGUAGACAGUGAUGGCAGCCCCGAAGACGUUAUUGUCAUCCUUAACAGCCCCACUUCUCUAGUGUGUGAGGCAUAUUCCUAUCCCCCGGCCACCAUCACCUGGUUCAAGGACGGCGCGCCUUUAGAAUCCAGCCGGAACCUUCGCAUCCUUCCAGGAGGCCGUACUCUGCAGAUCCUAAACGCACAGGAAGACAAUGCCGGAAGAUACUCAUGUGUGGCCACUAAUGAGGCUGGGGAGAUGAUAAAGCACUACGAAGUGAAGGUCUACAUUCCGCCCAUCAUCAAGAAAGGGGACCUUUUGGGGACGGGUCUUUCCCCGAAGGAGGUGAAGAUCAGAGUGAACAGCAGCCUGACUUUGGAGUGUGAGGCUUACGCGAUUCCAUCUGCCUCCCUCCGCUGGUACAAGGACGGACAGCCCCUUAAAUCAGAUCAUCAUGUUAACAUCGCUGAAAAUGGGCACACUCUUCAAAUCAAGGAAGCUCAGAUAUCAGACACCGGGAGAUACACCUGUGUGGCCUCUAACCUCGCAGGCGAAGAUGAGUUGGAUUUUGAUGUGAAUAUCCAAGUUCCUCCAAGUUUUCAGAAACUCUGGGAAAUAGGAAACAUGUUAGACACCGGCAGGAGUGGAGAAGCCAAAGACGUGAUCAUCAACAACCCUAUUUCUCUGCACUGUGAGACAAACGCUGCUCCUCCACCAACCCUUACAUGGUACAAAGAUGGCCGACCUCUGACCUCCAGUGACAGAGUGUUGAUUUUGCCAGGAGGACGAGUGCUGCAGAUUCCCCGGGCUAAAGUAGAAGAUGCCGGGCGGUACACGUGUGUGGCCGUGAAUGAAGCCGGGGAAGACUCCCUUCAGUAUGACAUCCAUGUGCUCUUGCCACCAGUUAUCAAGGGAGCAAACAGUGAUCUUCCGGAAGAGGUCACCGUGCUGGUGAACAAGAGUGCACAGAUGGAAUGUUCAUCCAGCGGUAGCCCAGCACCAAGGAAUUUCUGGCAAAAAGAUGGACAGCCCUUGCUAGAAGAUGAACAUCACAAGUUCCUAUCUGAUGGCAGGGUUCUUCAGAUUCUAAAUGCUCAAAUAACAGAUACCGGGAGGUAUGUGUGUGUUGCUGAGAACACAGCUGGGAGUGCCAAGAAAUACUUUAACCUCAACGUUCAUGUUCCUCCAAGUGUCAUUGGUCCUAACCAUGAACAUCUCUCUGUGGUUGUGAACCAUUUCAUCUCUUUGACCUGUGAAGUUUCUGGGUUCCCCCCUCCUGACCUCAACUGGCUCAAGAAUGAACAGCCCAUCAAGCCAAACACUAAUGUUCUCAUUGUGCCUGGUGGUCGAACUCUACAGAUUAUUCGGGCCAAGGUAUCUGAUGGCGGUGAAUAUACCUGCGUCGCUAUCAACCAAGCCGGAGAAAGCAAGAAAAAGGUUUCCCUGACUGUUCAUGUACCCCCAAGCAUUAAGGAUCACGGCAGCGAGUCUCUGUCUAUAGUUAAUGUAAGAGAGGGGACCUCGGUGUCAUUGGAAUGCGAGUCAAAUGCUGUGCCCCCGCCAGUCAUCACCUGGUCUAAGAAUGGGCGGAUGAUACCGGAUUCUAGCAACGUGGCGAUUUUAACUGGUGGACAAAUGCUACACAUCAGGCGAGCCGAGGUGGCUGACACAGGCCAGUAUGUAUGUAGAGCUAUAAAUGUAGCAGGACGAGAUGAUAAAAAUUUCCACCUCAAUGUAUAUGUGCCCCCCACCAUUGAAGGGCCUGAAACAGAAGUCAUUGUGGAGACAAUGAGCAAUCCGGUGACAUUGACUUGCGAUGCCACUGGGAUCCCUCCUCCCACCAUAACAUGGUUAAAGAACCACAAGCCCAUAGAAAACUCUGACCCCCUUGAGGCUCACAUUUUGUCUGGAGGAAGCAAACUGCAAAUUGCCCGACUUCAGCGUUCAAACCGUGGAAACUACACGUGUGUUGCAUCCAAUAUGGAGGGAAAGGCUCAGAAAAAUUAUAUCCUUUCCAUUCAGGUCCCUCCAAGUGUUGCCGGUGCGGAAGUUCCAAGUGAAGUUAGUGUCCUUCUUGGGGAAAAUGUGGAGCUGGUCUGUGAUGCAGAUGGCAUUCCCAUCCCUCGUCUACAGUGGCUUAGAGACGGAAAACCCAUAGUGAGUGGUGAAACAGAACGAGUCAGGGUCACCACAGAUGGCAGCACACUAAAUAUUUACAGAGCCCUCACAUCUGACAUGGGAAAGUAUACAUGUGUGGCUACUAAUCCUGCUGGAGAAGAAGACCGAAUAUUUAACUUGAAUGUCUAUGUUCCACCUAAAAUCCGAGGUAAUAAGGAGGAGGCAGAGAAACUGAUGGCUCUGGUAGACACGUCACUAAACAUCGAAUGCAAAGCCACGGGGACACCUCCACCGCAGAUCAGCUGGCUGAAGAACGGCCUUCCUCUGCCCAUCUCUUCCCACAUUCGCUUGCUGUCAGCAGGGCAGGCCAUCAGGAUCGUGAGAGCUCAGGUGUCUGAUGUUGCUGUGUAUACUUGUGUGGCCUCCAAUAGAGCUGGGAUAGAUAGUAAGCGCUACAGCCUUCAAGUCUUUGUGCCACCGAAUAUGGACAACGCAAUGGGAACAGAGGAAAUCACACUUGUCAAAGGCAGUUCUACCUCUAUGACGUGCUUUACAGAUGGAGCCCCUACCCCUAGCAUGUCUUGGCUCAGAGACGGCCAGCCUCUGGCGCUUGAUGCUCAUCUGACCAUCGGCACUCAGGGGAUGGUCCUUCAGCUCAUCAAGGCAGACACGGAAGAUACUGGAAAGUACACCUGCGUUGCCUCAAAUGAAGCUGGAGAAGUCAGCAAGCAUUUUGUCCUGAAAGUCCUAGAACCGCCUCACAUCAAUGGAUCUGAAGGGCCUGGAGAGGUAUCCGUAAUUGUAAAUAACCCACUUGAACUGUCCUGCAUUGCUUCUGGAAUCCCUGCCCCUAAGAUUUCCUGGAUGAAAGAUGGCCGGCCCUUUCUACAGACAGAGCAAGUGCAGACUCUAGAAGGAGGAGCUAUUCUUCGAGUGUCCAGUGCGCAGGUGGAGGACACAGGAAGAUACACCUGCCUGGCAUCCAGUCCUGCAGGGGACGAUGAUAAAGAAUAUCUAGUGAGAGUACACGUGCCUCCUAACAUUGCUGGAGUGGAUGAAGCCCAGGACUUCACCGUGUUAAGGAACAGGCAGGUGACAUUGGAAUGCAAGUCCGACGCAGUGCCUCCACCUGUGAUCAUGUGGCUCAAAAAUGGGGAGCAGUUACAGGCAACACCUCGAGUAAGAAUCCUGUCUGGAGGCAGAUACUUGCAAAUUAAUAAUGCAGACCUGGGAGACACGGCCAAUUAUACCUGUGUCGCCAGCAACAUCGCAGGAAAGACUACAAGAGAAUUUAUCCUCACUGUAAAUGUUCCUCCAAGCAUCAGUGGUGGUCCCCAGAGCCUUGUCACUCUCUUAAAUAAGUCAAUUGCCCUGGAAUGCCUUGCUGAAGGCGUGCCAUCACCCAGGAUAACAUGGAGAAAGGACGGUGUUGUUCUAGCUGAGAGCCAUGCAAGAUACUCCAUCUUGGAAAAUGGAUUUCUUCACAUUCAGUCAGCACAUAUCACAGAUACCGGACGGUAUUUGUGUAUGGCAACCAAUGUGGCUGGAACAGACCGUAGGCGAAUAGAUUUACAAGUCCACGUUCCUCCCUCCAUUGCUGCGGGUCCUACCAAUGUAACAGUGACCGUGAACGUCCAAACUACUUUGGCUUGUGAAGCUACUGGGAUACCAAAGCCAUCAAUCAACUGGAGAAAAGACGGACAUCUGCUUAAUGUAGAUCAAAAUCAGAAUUCAUACAGACUCCUUUCCUCAGGUUCACUCAUCAUCAUUUCCCCCUCUGUGGAUGACACUGCCAGUUACGAGUGCACCGUGACAAGUGAUGCUGGAGAGGACAAGAGAACAGUGGACCUCACUGUCCAAGUUCCUCCCACCAUAGCUGAUGAGCCUAUGGAUUUCCUGGUAACCAGACAGGCCCCAGCAGUCAUGACCUGCUCUGCUUCUGGAGUUCCACUUCCCUCAAUUCACUGGACCAAAAAUGGCAUAAGACUGCUUCCCAGGGGAGAUGGCUAUCGGAUUCUGUCCUCAGGAGCCAUUGAGAUAUCUGCUGCCCAGUUAAACCACGCAGGAAGAUACACUUGCAUUGCUCGGAAUGCAGCAGGCUCAGUACACCGACAUGUAACCCUUCGUGUUCAAGAGCCUCCAUUCAUUCAGCCCCAACCAAGUGAACUGGAUGUCAUUCUAAACAACCCCAUCUUACUACCGUGUGAAGCAACAGGCAUACCCACGCCAUUUAUAACUUGGCAAAAAGAAGGCAUCAACGUCAUUACCUCAGGCAAGAGCCUUGCUGUUCUUCCCAGUGGCAGCUUACAGAUCUCCAGAGCUGUUCAGGGGGAUGCUGGCACCUACAUGUGUGUGGCUCAAAACCCAGCUGGUACAGCCUUGGGCAAGAUCAAGCUGAAUGUACAAGUUCCUCCAGCCAUUAGUUCUCAUCAAAAGGAAUAUGUUGUUACUAUGGAUAAGCCUGUCUCCCUCUUGUGUGAGACAGAGGGCUCCCCACCACCUGACAUCACCUGGCAUAAAGAUGGGCAUGCUCUCACUGAAUCCAUCCGCCAGCGCAUCCUGAACUCAGGAGCUCUGCAGAUAGCAUUUGCUCAACCCGAUGAUGCUGGUCAGUACACAUGCAUGGCCGCUAACAUGGCGGGAUCAAGCAGCAUGAGCACCACACUCACCGUCCAUGUACCACCUAGGAUCCAAAGCACAGAAGUACACUACACCGUCAACGAGAACUCUCAAGUUGUUCUCCCGUGUGUCGCUGAUGGAAUCCCCACGCCUGCAAUUCACUGGGAAAGAGACAGCGUUCUUCUAGCCAACUUGUUAGGGAAGUACACUGCCCAGCCAUAUGGAGAACUCGUCUUGGAAAAUGUUGUGCUGGAAGAUGCUGGCACCUACACAUGUGUUGCUAACAAUGCUGCUGGUGAAGAUACACAUACUGUGACCCUGACUGUUCAUGCCCUUCCCACUUUUACCGAACUUCCUGGAGACCUGUCAUUAAAUAAAGGAGAGCAGCUACGGCUAAGUUGUAAAGCCGUUGGCAUUCCAUUGCCCAAACUAACGUGGACCUUCAACAACAAUAUUAUUCCAGCCCACUUUGACAGCGUCAAUGGACACAGUGAACUUGUUAUUGAGAAGGUGUCAAAGGAGGACUCGGGCACUUACGUGUGUACAGCAGAGAACAGCGUUGGCUUUGUGAAAGCGAUUGGAUUUGUUUAUGUGAAAGAGCCCCCAGUCUUCAAAGGUGAUUACCCCUCUAACUGGAUUGAACCACUCGGCGGGAAUGCAAUCCUAAAUUGUGAAGUGAAAGGAGACCCUGCCCCAACCAUCCAAUGGAGUCGCAAGGGGGCUGACGUAGAGAUUAGCCACAGGAUCCGACAACUGGGUAAUGGCUCCUUGGCUAUCUACGGUACCGUGAAUGAAGACGCUGGUGACUAUACAUGUGUUGCUGCCAAUGAGGCCGGGGUGGUAGAGCGCAGUAUGAGUCUGACUCUGCAAAGUUCUCCCAUGAUCACUCUUGAGCCUGUGGAAACCAUUGUGGAUGCCGGUGGCAGAGUCACAUUGGAUUGUCAAGCAGCUGGUGAACCUCAGCCAACCAUCACAUGGUCCCGUCAAGGGCGCCCCAUCCCCUGGGAUAACCGACUUACCAUGCUGCCUAAUAGUUCAUUAUACAUCGCUGCUGCUCGCAAGGAAGACACCUCUGAAUAUGAGUGUGUUGCCCGAAACUUGAUGGGCUCUGUCCUUGUCAGAGUGCCCGUCAUAGUCCAGGUGCAUGGUGGGUUUUCGUUGUGGUCUGCCUGGAGGUCCUGCAGUGUCACCUGUGGAAAAGGCAUCCAAAAGAGGAGCAGGCUAUGCAACAACCCUCCUCCAGCCAAUGGAGGGAGGCCAUGCCAAGGCUCAGAGUCAGAAGCACGACAGUGUCAAAAUAAGUUGUGUCCAGUGGAUGGUCACUGGUCAGAAUGGAGCUUCUGGGAAGAAUGCUCAAGAAGCUGUGGGCAUGGCAACCAAACUAGGACGAGAACUUGCAGUAACCCACCGGCUCAGCAUGGUGGGCGGCCAUGUGAGGGGUAUGCUGUGGAAACCAUCAUGUGUAACAUUCGGCCUUGCCCAGUCCAUGGUGUGUGGAAUGCUUGGCAACCUUGGGGUUCGUGCAGCAAAAGCUGUGGAAAAGGCAGUCAGACAAGAACAAGACUUUGCAACAGCCCGCCACCGUCAUUUGGUGGGGCCUACUGCAAUGGAGCAGAAACCCAGAUGCAAGUCUGCAAUGAGAGACACUGUCCAGUGGAUGGCAAGUGGGCAGCUUGGACCAGUUGGAGUACCUGCACUGUAUCCUGUGGAGGAGGUACCAGGAAGAGAACAAGGGACUGUUCUGACCCAGUGCCACAGUAUGGAGGAAACAAAUGCGAAGGGACUGGUGUCCAGAGUGACUUUUGCAAUAGUGACCCUUGUCCAACCCAUGGCAACUGGAGCCCUUGGAGUGGCUGGGGGAUGUGCAGUCGGACAUGCAAUGGAGGGCAGAUGAGACGGUACCGCACAUGUGAUAAUCCACGGCCCUCCAAUGGAGGAAGAGCCUGUGGGGGUCCAGAUACCCAGAUCCAGAGGUGUAAUACUGACAUGUGUCCUGUGGAUGGAAGUUGGGGAACAUGGCAUAGUUGGAGUCAUUGUUCUGUCUCUUGCGGGGGAGGUGAAAGAACUCGAAAGCGGUUAUGUGACAAUCCUGUGCCCUCUAAAAGUGGCCGUUCCUGUCCAGGAGAUGCCACCCAAGUCUCCAGAUGCAACAUGCAGGCUUGUCCGGGUGGACCCCAACGAGCCAGAGGGAGUGUUAUUGGGAAUAUUAAUGAUAUUGAGUUUGGAAUCGCUUUCCUUAAUGCCACAAUAACAGAUAGCCCUAACUCUGAUACAAGAAUAAUACAGGCCACGAUUACCAAUGUGCCUCGCAGUCUGGGUCCAGCAAUGAGAAAGAUCAUUUCUAUCCUAAAUCCCAUUUACUGGACCACAGCAAAGGAAAUAGGGGAAGCAGUCAAUGGCUUUACCCUCACUAACGCAGUCUUCAAAAGAGAGACGCAAGUGGAAUUUGCAACUGGAGAGGUCUUGAGGAUGACACAUGUGGCUCGGGGCUUAGAUUCCGACGGCGCAUUGCUGCUUGACGUCAUUGUGAGUGGCCAUGUCCUGCAGCUCCACUCACCUGCUGAAGUUAGUGUGAAGGAUUACACAGAGGACUACAUUCAAACAGGACCUGGGCAGCUCUACGCCUACUCAACCCGGCUGUUCACCAUCGAUGGCAUCAGUGUCCCCUAUACAUGGAACCACACCAUUUUCUAUGAUCAGGCCUGGGGGAAAAUGCCUUUCUUAGUAGAAACACUUCAUGCAUCUUCUGUAGAAUCUGACUACAACCAACUAGAGGAGACACUGGGUUUCAAAAUCCACGCUUCAAUCUCCAAAGGAGAUCGCAGUAACCAGUGCCCCUCUGGUUUUAUCUUAGACUCAGCUGGACCCUUCUGUGCUGAUGAGGAUGAAUGCACAGCUGGGAACCCCUGCUCUCAUACCUGCCACAAUGCCAUAGGAGCCUAUUAUUGCUCCUGUCCCAAAGGCCUCACCAUAGCUGCCGAUGGGAGAACCUGUCAAGACAUUGAUGAGUGUGCUUUGGGUGGACAUACCUGUCAUGCUGGUCAAGACUGUGACAAUACCAUUGGAUCCUAUCGCUGUGUGGUCCACUGCGGAACAGGCUUCCGGAGAACCUCUGAUGGGCUGAGCUGUCAAGAUAUUAAUGAAUGUCAGGAAUCCAGCCCCUGCCACCAGCGGUGUUUCAAUGUCAUAGGAAGUUUCCACUGUGGCUGUGAAGCUGGCUAUCAACUCAAAGGCAGAAAGUGCAUCGAUGUGAACGAAUGUAGACAGAGCGUGUGCAGACCAGACCAGCACUGUAAGAACACCCGCGGUGGCUACAAGUGCAUUGAUCUCUGUCCAAGUGGAAUGACCAAGGCUGAGAAUGGGACCUGCAUUGACAUUGAUGAGUGCAAAGAUGGGACCCACCAAUGCAGAUAUAACCAAAUAUGUGAGAACACGAGAGGCAGCUACCGGUGUGCAUGCCCAAGGGGUUAUCGGUCUCAAGGAGUUGGAAGACCCUGCGUUGACAUUAAUGAAUGUGACCAAGUACCUAAACCUUGUGCACAUCAGUGCUCCAACAGCCCCGGCAGCUUCAAGUGUAUCUGUCUGCCAGGACAACAUUUAUUAGGGGAUGGGAAAUCUUGCGCUGGAUUGGAGAGGCUGUCGAGUUAUGGCACUCAGUACAGUAGCUAUGACCUUGAGCGGUUCUCCCCUGUGAGAAGUGGCUAUCAACCUCGGCAGCAUACCAGACAGCAGUCACAGCUCUACAGCUCCUACUCAGAGUAUAGGAACAGCAGAGCAUCUUUCUCCAGGAGUAGAAGGACUAUUAGGAAAACUUGCCCUGAAGGCUCUGAGGCAAACCAUGAAACAUGUGUAGAUAUUGAUGAAUGUCAAAACAGAGAUACUUGCCAACAUGAGUGUAAAAACACGAUCGGAAGCUACCAGUGCGUCUGCCCACCGGGUUAUCGACUCAUGCUCAAUGGGAAAACAUGCCAAGAUGUCGAUGAGUGCUUGGAGCAGAAUGUACGCUGUGGGCCGAAUCGCAUGUGUUUCAACAUGAGAGGAAGCUAUCAGUGCAUCGACACACCCUGUCCACCCAACUACCAACGAGAUCCUGUUUUGGGGUUCUGCCUCAAGAACUGCCCACCCAAUGACUUGGAAUGCACCUUGAGCCCCUAUGCCUUGGAAUAUAAACUUGUCUCCCUCCCAUUUGGAAUAGCUGCCAAUCAAGAUUUAAUCCGGCUGGUUGCAUACACACAGGAUGGAGUGAUGCAUCCCAGGACAACUUUCCUCAUGGUAGAUGAGGAACCAGCUGUCCCUUUUGCCUUAAGGGAUGAAAACCUGAAAGGAGUCGUGUACACUACACGUCCACUACGAGAGGCAGAGACCUACCGCAUGAAGGUGCGGGCUUUAUCCUACAGUGCCAACGGGACCAUUGAGUAUCAGACUACAUUCAUAGUUUAUAUAGCUGUGUCUGCCUAUCCAUACUAGGAAGUACUCCAGAAUUGAGUCCAAAUAUUUAAACUGCAUUGAUCUAGCAAUCAAGGACCUCUACAAUUUACUAUCUCUUGAACAGUUGCAAUCUUGGCAACUUGAAAAUGGUGCUGUGCUGUUAUGUAUGUGUUCCUUGGUACUGCUGAAGUAUCUGUAUGAUCCCACUGUGGUCAUGUAUCUUUUAGUACGUUCUAGAAGAGUCCUUUCUUAUUGUCUUUAUUUAUUACACUGGAGCAGUUACUUCCCAAGGAUUAUUCUGAUCAGCUCACAGGACAUGUCAGUGAUAUUGUAUAGUAGCAUAGUAGCUAAGAUCAUUUUCUUGGAAACAAUAUAGAACAAAACAAAACAAAAAACUAGUUCAAAUACUUUUUGAACAUUUUGGCUAUUCUUAAAAUGGUAAAAACCAGCUAUUAUGUGUUUUGAUAAAAGCUUAUGCCAUAUUAUACAUUUUUAAAAUAUUGAAAUAACACUUAUAUCUUUCAUUUUAAGGUUAAAAAUAAGAAACAUCACUUUUCUGAAAUAUAGUGCAGAUACAAGAAAGUUUGCUUGAUCCGAAAUGGAUCUUAUCUUUAUUAAAUACUCAAGAUACAUUACCUGAGGUUCUGCGAAAUCAUGUGAACUUUGUACUAUGUUAUCAGAAAAUUACUUUCCCUUUAAAGAAUUGCCCAUGGCCUAGGCCUUUGACAUUUUGGUAUUCACUCAGCUCCAUAACUUUUACAUUCCAUAUCUAUCUGUCAAAUAAAAUUAUUUUAAUACAUAACAAUAGAACAGAUUUCUUGAUUAUUGUACUCAUGUAUGUUCAAGUAACGUGUUAAACGUCAAUACACUGUACAUGGUGGUAACAGACUCUGUAAGCAAUUGUCAAGAUGUAUUCUAUUUUUAUGAAGUGUAUAUAUUACCUUAGUGUGUAUUUUCUAUAUAAUAUCUUGAUGGACUCUUUUAUAAAAUUAUUUUAUAAAAAAAUUACAGUAAAAUAAGCCUAAAUAAAAUUUUCACCUUUUUCUUAAUAACCUAAAA